UACAGUAGCAGAGAAAGGAAGACGUGACUCGGCGCAGCUAUUAUAUUUUCAAACUCUGAUGGAGAUGGAUUCCAUCUGCAGUGUUGAGAAUAACGAUAUAAGCUUAAGCUUGUGAAGCAUGAAGAUUGCAGAUUUGCAUAAAGAGGUGUCGGCCCAGAACACAAAUGAAAGAGGAACCUAAAUAUUGUGAAGUUCAUAUAGAUACUCAUCUUGAAUUACACCUCUGGAGUGACUUGGACUUUUUUUUUUUAAAUAAAUUCACAAAAUGGAAAGGGAAAAACUGGGCUUGCUGUUGCUUCUGACUACAAUACGGGCAGGUUCUGGUUCAUUUACAUUCACUAGCUCACAGCUGACAGCCACAGAGGGAUCCUGUGUUCCAAUACAGGGGAGCUUCACAAGAUAUCUCAGAGAAAAUGCCUACUGGGCUUGGUUGAAGGAUCCAGUGUGGGUCGAGGGAGAUAAGGACUUCUCAGGAACUGUUGUUUACAGUACAGACCCCGAAAUACGCCCCAUCAGUCCACAGUAUAGCAACAGAGUAACUUACCGAAGAGCAGAGAAACAGCUCACCAUUUCGAUCUGCAACCUGAACAAAAAUGACAGUGGAGAAUAUACAUUUAGAUAUUUCCCAUCAAGAGGGGAGAAAUGGAGCUCAGAGCCUGUUCUUCUGUCAGUCCAAGCAAACCCAUGCCUCAUCAGGUUUGAGGAACCGGCUCCUGUUACAGAGUUCAGCUCAGUGACUCUCCGCUGCUCCACCUUGUCCUCGUGCCCCUCCCGUCCUCAAAUUCAACCUCUCGACCAACGAGGAAUCUCAGUGCAACCUCAGGGUGAUGAACACAGCAGGACAGCAACUAGCAACUUCACAGCCAGCUGGCAGGACAAUGGGAGGCAGUUCUCCUGUCAGACUCGAGGCAACACCGACCCAAACUUGAUCCGCAGUGUCACUCUAACUGUCGAAUAUGGACCCAGGAACGUGGAGGUGAGGGUCACUAAUCCUAACAGAAGGGAAGGUGUUGCUGCGGAGGACACAGUGACCCUGACAUGUUUAGCGAGUGGGAAUCCUGCACCCACCUACCACUGGUUGCAACCAGAUCAGGCACAGAGCGAAGGACUAGAUCUCAUCAUCCCAUCCAUCACAGUCUCACAGAGUGGACGAUACAGAUGUGAAGCCAGAAAUAAGCACGGACAUAAAGAUUCGGGUCUUGAUUUGGAUGUUCAGUUCUCACCAGAAGUUGAGAUCACAGCAUCUGCCACAUCGAUCCGGCAAGGACAGAAGAUGGAUUUAAGAUGUACAGUGAAGAGAAGCAACCCAGAAGCCACAAGCUUUCAGUGGCAGAAGGAUCAGCGAGAUGUGUCUUCAGCUCAGACUUACACAGUAACAUCCAUCCAGCCUGAGCACGCAGGUUUUUAUACCUGCACUGCCUGGAACUCCAUUGGUGCUGGAACAUCAGACUCGCUUCAGAUUCAGGUUGAAUACCAACCCAAGAACACAAGAGUUCAAGUCCCCUCUGGUCUAAACGGGAGAGUCAGCGCUGGAAAAGAGCUCAGAUUAACGUGUGUCACUGAGGCCUAUCCUGCAGCUCAUAGCUUCUCCUGGCUCCAUAGGCCCUCCAGCCACACUCCACUCUCCCAGUACCAGUCCAAAUGCUGGGGCAGCACCAUGACCAUUGAGGAAGUGCAGAGAUCUGAUGAAGGUUGUUACGUGUGCAGCGCCACCAACAGCAUCGGCAGAGAUUAUAGUGCACCACAGUGCUUCCAAGUACAGUAUGCUCCAUCAAACCUCAAACUGUCCAUGUACACUGAGGUCACAGAAGGUCAGACCUUCACUAUCAGAUGCACUGUGGACAGUUUUCCACCCUCAACUCUCACCUUGAUCAGAGAGAUUCAGUCAAGUUCAGUGAAUGUGUUCUCCAACUCCAACAAGAAUGGGGUCCACAACAAUGACCUCGUCUACACCACUACAGCUGCUGUGCACCACGCAGGGAGCUACAAGUGCAUCGCCUCAAACUCUGAAGGAAGCAGGACAAGUGAGCCGAGACAAUUAGUGGUUCAAUACAGCCCCAAGAAUGUGGCAGUUAUCGUUGAUCCUCGUGAGACUGUGAAGGAAAACACAUCAGUGACUUUCCGAUGCAGCGCUCAGUCUCACCCUCCAGUGACCUCGGUGACCUGGACAAAGAUGGCCGACGGACAAGAGGAAGUGUUGAUGCGAGGUCAGAGUUUCACUCUGAAGUCAGUUGCUCCCAGUGACAGUGGACGGUACCGCUGCAACGUGAGGAAUGAGGUUGGAUCUGGAGAAUCACCGCCCGUCCAUGUUAUGAUCCAGUAUGCUCCAAAAGAAACGAAGGUCCUGAAGGCUGAAGAGCUGCAGUUGCCAGACAAGAGGAGCUCAGUGAUGCUGACAUGCAGCUCCAGCAGCUACCCACCAAUCCACCGAUACUCCUGGUACAGGAAGUCGACGGAUGACAGAGGAGAUGACAAAGUGUCGGAUCAGCAGAACCACAGUGUGACCUCUGACAAGCCUGGGAUCUACUACUGCUCUGCCCUGAAUCAGCUAGGUGAAAGAAGAUCCGAUCCAGUGGAGCUGUUUGUAGAAGGAACCUCUCUCAAAGUCCUGAAGUAUGUCUCCAUUUCUGCUUCACUUCUGCUCAUUCCAUUCGCAGCUUGUCUCAUCUUGAAGCACAAGAGGAAGGACAAAGAAGGAGCUGAAAGACCACAGCAAGUGCGAUCUGUGCCCCUAGAGGAGGCGUCGGUGCACUACGCCACCGUGCACUUCACCAAAAGACAGGCAGCACAAGAUGUUGUGUAUGCGGUCGUGUCCAAACCACGUCGCCCGAAUGAGCCAAACCACAACACAGACAGUGAAGAGGAAGAGGAAGAGGUGAACUAUUCCCGUGUGGAGUUCAUACACAAAGGUCCAAACCGCAGAAUCUGUGAAUCAAGUCGCUGUGAGGAGGAAAUUACUGACUACUCUAUGGUUAAAAUCUGAGAAGAAAAAGGAGAGUUGUUGGUCUCAAUUCAUCAGUCUUUGGAAGUUAUUAACUUCCAUUUAACUUUCACUUACGUGCACUGCAUUUUACAGAUGAUAAAUAAUAAACCUGAAUGCACACAAUUUUAAAUGAAUAAAUAAAAUCUUCAUCCACAUACAUUUAUGACAUCAUACAGCAACUGUCUUUUUUUGUCCAAAACUGUAACAGAUAUUAAUAAGAAAUGAAUUUCAGCUUUGUUUAAAGAUGACUCUUCUUCUCUUUGUUGCUGAAUUGAACUGCACACUUCAAAUAUUGGCUGUGUUACAAUGUAAAAUCUUUGCU